AUGAAGUCCAGUCUCUUCCUCGCUGCCCUGCCAUUGGCAACAGCAUUCGAAUGCUCCAAAUACACCUUCCAGGCCAUCCUCCCAACCCAAGCGUCGGUGGCAUUCGCAAGAACAGUAGCAGCAAACGCAACAUUCACGGUACCUGCAGGAGACAUCGCCUACCCGACCUCGCCAGUUCUCCUGCGAAGCGUCUGCGCGGUCCAGAUCAACGUCACCUCGAGUCCAACUUCGGCCUACUCAUUUGGCUUAUUCCUACCAGAUGAUUGGAAUAAUCGAUUCUUGGCAGUAGGUAACGGAGGAUUCGCUGGUGGAAUCAACUGGCUUGACUUGGCCGCCGGUGUUGGAUAUGGAUUCGCCUCCAUGUCUACAGACACGGGACACAGCUCGAACAGCUCCGAUGGAUCCUGGGCUUUGAACAAGGAGAAACUGACCGAUUGGGGCUAUCGAGCCAUGCAUGGAUCCGUCGUGUUGGCAAAGGAAGUCGUUCAGGCGUACUACGGCUCCAAGUCGAAGUACAGCUACUACUCGGGAUGUUCGACAGGCGGUCGUCAAGGCCUCAAAGAAGUCGAGAUGUUCCCAGAAGAUUUUGAUGGCGUUCUGGCGGGCUCAGCUGCUUGGUGGACAAGUCAUUUGCAGACUUGGACCGUGAAAGUGGCUUUGUAUAACCUACCGACGACGUCAGCUCAUCAUAUACCACCUGCCUUGUUUCCCAUCGUUGGCGCCGAGGUGUUGCGACAGUGCGAUGCACAGGAUGGGCUGAUCGAUACUAUCGUUUCUGAUCCAAGGGGUUGCGAGUUCAUCCCAGAAGAGCUUCUAUGCAAAUCGCAGGUAGCGAAUCAAACCGAAGCAGGUUGCUUGACUGGGCCACAGAUUGAUACGCUGUACAAGAUCUUCAACGAUUACGUUGAGACGAACCAGACUUUCGUAUUUCCUCGAUUGGAGCCAGGAAGUGAGGCGCAGUGGGAGGUCUUAAUAGGAGGGAAUCAGCCGAACGGUCUGGGCAUCGACUAUGUUCGAUAUUUCCUGCUCAACCAGCCAGACUGGAACUUCUACGACUUCGAUUACGGCAUCGUCCAAGAGGCAGACAAAGUUCAGCCUGGUAACGCGUCGGCCAUAGACUUCGACAUCAGCCCUUUCCAUGCCAGAGGCGGUAAAUUGCUGCAAUAUCACGGCUUUGCAGACGGCCUGAUACCCACCGGCUCUUCGGAGUAUUUCUACAGGCAGGUGAUGCGGACACUACUGCCGAAGGGAGUCGAGUUGGACUCGUGGUAUCGAUUCUUCCUCGUGCCAGGGAUGCAACAUUGCCAAGGAACACCAUCCAACGUCAAUGCGCCUUGGUACUUCGCAGGAGGAAAUCAAGCUGGUGCACUUGGGUUGCGGCCAGGAUGUGUUUCUGGAGUCCCCGGCUUCAGAGAUCCCGAGCAUGAUAUCUUGCUGGCGCUGAUGAGAUGGACCGAGGAAGGUCAGGCUCCAGAGUACAUCAUUGCAACGAAGUGGCACAACGACACACUGCAGGAUAAGGUGUUCAGGCAGAGACCGUUGUGUCCUCACCCACAGCGUGCUCAGUAUACUGGACAGGGCGAUCCAAACGAUGCAUCCGAUUGGCGAUGUUCGUCGAGAGGCAGUCUUUCGGCUCAGCUGGUGGGCUAG